GUGGUUUUGCCUGUUGAUGAUCGCUGUGGGCAUAAAAGCACAGAAGACAGCUUCUACAAGUAAGAUUCUUGCACCCUGUAUAUUCCGUCACUAAAUGUUUGACAAGAUUUUGAUUGACUCACCUUUCCCAUUCUAGAUGACCUCAACCCUGAAUGCCUGGGGAACAUUAUUCGUUUGAUUGUGGAUCCUCUUUUGGGGAGGUUUGAAGUUGAUGUUAUUGUCAGUGAGUUUGACUCUUUAUGAAUCUCUCUCCUUUCAUAAUUCAUGCACUGAAAUUGUACAUGUAUUUGUCAACUUUUGCUUACACCAUCUCAUCCCUUCCAGAUGACUUGAAAGUCAUAAAUCUGACUCCCAGCCUGGCUACUCGUGUGGAAUGAGCGUGAAAUUGGACCCGAUGGGCGCUGGCAUGAUGUUUGCUUCUGUUCUAAGCUGCUUUGCCCCGAAAAUGGUAACACUAAGAACUGUAGUGUUUGCUUGAACUUCAAAGGGGCAGUUUGCCAUUUAGUGUCUGCAAUUGCAAUCCAUAAUGUAAUGUGUCAUGGGGUUCAUGUUUUUAAAUUACAUAAUCUGUCAUUAAAAACCAACUGUACCCUUUUUUUUCUAUGACUUCCCUUCACUUUUUAUCCUCCUAUUUUAGGAUGAUAAGACCUUCAGCUUGGCUGGACAGCUUAGGCUGCGAGGAAACCACAUGAGUGAGGACUCCGUGUACAGAGUGGGCAAAACCUGUAGCUACACCCCCUGGGCCUCCCGAGAGAUUCUGUGCGACCGCACCUACAUGGAGGCAAGUGAGCAGGGCAUGCCCCAAGGUAGCCCAGUAAUGGACUAAAGGAGCCCAAUGUUACUCCAACGGCUUUAUAUGCUCUGGAAGCCAAACAGGCCAAAUACGCCAUCUAAAUGUGAAUCGGUUCUCCAUUGCAGUAUGGUUCUUGAAACAUAAAUCCUACUUUCAUAUCACAUCAAUAAUUUCACAAAUGCAAAAUACACACUUGCUGUUAACAGUUGCAGCUGACAGUAUUUUUUUUUCUUCCAGUAACUACAUGUUUGUGGCAGUGUUCUGAACAUCUGUGUAAACAGAGACUUGUCUGAUUUCUGUAAAUGAGCUGUAACAUGGAGAUAUGGCAGUGUGGGAACCUUAACCCUAUAAAGGUGUGUAGUCAUUUAACCUUGUUUUUUAAAUUUAUUUCUUGCUGGUAUGAGGUAUUCCUUAUGUUUCAGAAACCGUACCACAGUGACUAGUGUUAACCUGUCGCGCAAGCGUUGGGCUCUAAACAAAACACCCCUGGCCAGAAGAGGCUAUUGUCAAUAGGUGCCUAAGAUAGUUGGUGUCUAUGACUGGGCUAGCCCCUAUGGGGAACUGUCACGCUUGUCCUAACUGCCUGUAUGAAUGAUCUACAACUCCAGUUUUGUUUGUUCUCCAUCUGUGAAACAAAACAGAGGUAUUGGCUCUUAACUGUCCUUGAUUCCACUCACCUCUUCAAAAUUCAUACAGAAGGACUGUCACGCCCUGGCUCUGGGGACUCUAAUAUGUUGAGCCAGGGUGUGUAAAGUAUAUGUGUUUUGUUCUAGGUUUCACAUUUUAGUAUUGUUUGUCUAUGUUGGCCAGUGUGGUUCUCAAUCAGAGGCAACGUGAUUCAGCUGUUGCUUGUUGUCUCUGAUUGAGAACCAUACUUUAGCAGCCUGUUUCCCCACAUAGUUUGUGGGAUCUUGUUUCUAGUCGGUUGUGUUAGACCGUGAACUGUCACGUUAUCGUUUUGUUGUUUUUUGAUCGUGUCUCUAAAAAAGAGUAUGUUUGCCUGCAACGCUGCGCCUUGGUCCUCAUCUCUGUUAGACGAUCGUGACAGAAGAUCCCACCUCAACUGGACCAAGCAGCCUAGUGAGGAGCAGAGAGGGUGGACUUGGGAACAGUGGAGGAAGAGCUUCGACUGGGUCAAGCCGAAUGAGGAGCUGAAUGGCGGAGAUUGGAAGCAGAAGAGCGAGAGUUGGGCGAGAACUAUAGAGGCCUGGCCCACGGGGAAGAGAGACUCCCAGAACAUUUUUAGGGGGGGGCUCACGACGUCGGGGCAGCAGGAGGCCGCGAUAGAGCGGCCCAGCGGGUUGGCAGAGGAGGCCGCCAGGUUACGGGGGCCACUGGUCGAAGAGGGGAUGGAAGGUGUAGAGGCACGGCGAGAGGUACUGGGGUGUGUUGCCAGUCCGGUCCGGCCUGUUCCUGAUCCCCACGUAGGGCCAGUGGUGUGUGUUCCCAGUACGGUCCGGCCUGUUCCUGCCACUCGCACCAAGUCUACGGUGCGCAUCGCCAGCGCGGCCCGGCCUGUUCCUGCUCCCCGCACCAAGCCUGUGGUGCGCUUCGUCAGCCCGGUCCGGCCCGCUCCUGCUCCCCGCACCAAGUCAGUGGUGCGCGUCGUCAGCCCGGUCCGGCCCACUCCUGCUCCCCGCACCAAGUCAGUGGUGCGCGUCGUCAGCCCGGUCCGGCCCAUUCCUGCUCCCCGCACCAAGUCAGUGGUGCGCUUCGUCAGCCCGGCUCGGCCCGUUCCUGCUCCCCGCACCAAGUCAGUGGGGCGUUUCGUCAGGCCGGCUCGGCCCGCUCCUGCUCCCCACACCAAGCCAGUGGUGUGCGUCGUCAGUCCGGCACGGCCCGUGCCUGUUCCACUGGUGGCUGGUCCGGCACCGGUCAGAUGCUUCACGCCGGAGCUAGAGCAAUCCGCUCCACCAGUGUGCAGUCCAGCUCCGGCCAGCGGGGCCAGACCGGACCAGGGGUACUUUGGGGGGUUGGAGAGGGAGCGGGGUUCAGGCCCGGAGCCGGAUCCGCCGCCUAAGCGGAGUGCCCACCCGGUCCCUCCCCUGUGGUAUUUGGUGGGCGCGGUCGGAGUCCGCGCCUUUAGGGGGGGGUACUGUCACGCCCUGGCUCUGGGGACUCUAAUAUGUUGAGCCAGGGUGUGUAAAGUAUAUGUGUUUUGUUCUAGGUUUCACAUUUUAGUAUUGUUUGUCUAUGUUGGCCAGUGUGGUUCUCAAUCAGAGGCAACGUGAUUCAGCUGUUGCUUGUUGUCUCUGAUUGAGAACCAUACUUUAGCAGCCUGUUUCCCCACAUAGUUUGUGGGAUCUUGUUUCUAGUCGGUUGUGUUAGACCGUGAACUGUCACGUUAUCGUUUUGUUGUUUUUUGAUCGUGUCUCUAAAAAAGAGUAUGUUUGCCUGCAACGCUGCGCCUUGGUCCUCAUCUCUGUUAGACGAUCGUGACAAGGACAUGGUUAGAGGAGAGGAACCUUGGCUCGUCAAUGCGUUUUGAGGAGAGCAGACAUAAAUUGGAAAGAUUAAGAAGUGACACUAAUGUAUUGCCACAUACUGUAUAGGGAAUAAUGGCCUUUCUCCCCUAGGUGUCGGUCAGAAGAACUCUUCCAGCAUUCCAAACCUCGCCUGAGCAGCCUAUGGGAGGGUCUAAGGCGAGGAGUGGCAAUCUCCGGAGAGGAGCUGAGGUAGCCAAGCUUCUAGAAUGUCACUGCGAAAUGAGAAGUUGGCGCGGAACUUUCCUUUAGCAAGAAGUUUUAAUUCAUGUUUCCAUUUCCUGAAACAGGCUCUUGCUUCAGGAUACAAUAUGACAGCAGUGGUCUUCAGUCCUAGCGAGAUGGUCAUGACUGUGGAUGAGCUCCGAAGAAAGGGCUAUGCAAUAGCCAACACUCCCACAAGGCUGGUGUUGAGGAGCCCAUUAAAGCAGAGGAGACGUACCUACAGAAUGUAAGCUGACUUCCUCCAUGAGCUAACUGUUUAUCCCCCUAUGGUUUCUGACGGAGUGGUGCAAAUGUUUGGAAACUGAGUGACCCUACCUGAAUUUGUCAAUGUUUUACUACACAGUGCCCUACUGAACACAGCCCUGGUGUGGUUGCCCCCUGAACAGGUCGCUGGGGUUUCGAUGAGGCUGCUCUCAACCUCUACCUUCUUUCAGCAGAAGUGGCUGGUGACUCGACUAGAUGCAACUGCUGCUUGUCCAACACCCGGUUGAGUGAACUUUGAAAAAUUAAGGUCCUAUUAACCCAGUUAAUUGGAACUAGACUUUCGUUCGUGUUGAUCGUACCUAGGUAGUGUUGAGUGUUUUGAAACAGAAGGAACUAUCUGAAUUUGUCUAAGGGCAUAUUUUUAUUUGCUACAAUGUUCCCUGGCCUACUGAACAUGCUGCCUUGUUUCACUGCAGGGGCAGUGGCCUUCACUCCAGAAAUGAUCACCUGGUACAUGCCCAGGCACCUAGACCCACUGAUCUCCUCUGGUGCCUUCACCAUGUUGGAGGUAUACAUGGGGAUUGAUGCCAAGAGACUGGACGCUGAGGAAAUGGCUGCCAGAAAAUACUCCCUUUCAGUCACUGAUGCUCAUAUUAUCAUUGAGAUUCCGGUGGGGGCAGUCGGAGGCUACUUCAAGGUCGGCAGGGAUGAUAAUCUUUUAUUUCUAAAUCAGAGUAUUUAUAAAGCCCCCUUUUUAACGGCCACAAUUGUCAGCGCUCUGCAGUAACACUUCUCUCGUAGCCUUCUCAUGGGAACACUCUUAGAAACAUGUCUUGUGUAAAAUGUAUCUUUAUCAAGCAAUAUUACUAAAUGAUCACUUGACUGUCCCCUACAGAGCCAUAUUCAGGAUGACCAGUACUUCGUCACUUACGCCAUUGAGCCCAUGCUUGAGUUGCUGUGGAUCGAGGAGGAAAAUGAGGACACCAGAUAUAAAGUCCUCUUCCCCAUCACUACACCUCUGAUGGCCAGGCCUUCACAAGUUUGCAACUGUGAGUCUGGUGUAAUUGAAUGGUGCUGUGGGAUGCCUGGGUCAUGUUCUUUAGGCACCGACAGGAAUCAUUUCCUGAAACAUGGAGUGAUUAUCCCUAGAAAUGCAGCUUUCUACCAAGCAUUUAAAUGUUUUUGUGCCAAUUAACAGACACGCCCUUGGACACUGAGCAGCCAGUGUUUAUGUUUGAGUUGGGGACCUUCAACAUCGACGUGGAGCUUCUGAAUGUCACCUUUCCCACUGGGGUGUUAACUGUUGCGGAGUGCAAUGCCAGAGGCUUCAAUGUUCAGGAGCACAGAUCCCUGGACAACACCUCGAAGACCUUCACAAUGGAAGUGACCUUCUCUGACCCAGUGGUCUUUCAGGAGGUACCUUUCUCUCUAAACGCAAAGCCACAUGCCAUAACUGGGGCGUUGCCUAAUAAGAAUGGGCCAACAAAAUUGAGCGACUGUAUCAUGACGUUUUCACCAGCAAAUGGUGCUUGAUUUACGAUGCAUCUAGUAAUUCUUGAGUAUAUAAUUUUCGUAUUCCCUGUGUACUUUAAGUUAUCACUUGAUGUUGAAUAGUUAAAACACUAUCAGUUGACAAUGCUCUUGACUGUACUACAGAAAAGGCCGGAACAAGGUGUCGCAGCCUUCACUCUUCAGCUGAUCUACGGCCUGGUCGUCUUGCCAGAGUACACCCCUUUCUCUCACCCUGCUGUUGUGGACGCUGUACUGCAGGACGUUGGUAUGUAACUGGUCUCUGGACUAUGCACCACUAAUCUUGACUGUUAACGCGAUGAUUCCAGUGAAUGCCAUAUUUGACUUGAAAGACAUGUUUUUUUUUCCCUCUGCAAAGACUGUAAGCUGUGUAUUUGGAACCUGUGUCCUGUUCCCAAUUUGCCAGGGUUGUGUUCAUUAGGGCACACCGUAGAACUUCACACCGUUGAACUUCUUGUUCAAGUAGUACCUCCAUGUUUUGUGUUUACUUAACACAACCCUGUUUGUCCUUGCAGUUCCACCAUCGGUCACUGGAAACUGUGACCAGGAUAACUUUUACAUCACCUUGAACUACGGUAACCAUAAUCCCUUUUUCGUGGUUGUGGUUGGCAAGCGGCGGCUGACCAAGGAGCUUGCUCAACAGUAUUUAACCGAGGGUGACACAAACUUUACCAUCACGGUGCCCUUCUCUUCACCGGAUGCAGUGUUUGAGGUAUGAUGCUCUCCCUGAACAUCAUGUUAAGCUAAAAUUCUAAAUUAAACUGACCAAUGAAUUCUCCCACUGGUUCCCAGUCAGUUCACUCAUCAUUUGUCAGGAGCAGACUGGAUGUGGCUAUGUUGAAUCCCUACAACAACAUUACCAUCAAAGACUUCACCCUGGCUUGCAGCUUCCUCAAAACUCUGACUGGUUGGUUCUCAAACUAAUAGUGCACAAAAAUACCAAACCUGGGUUCAGACGGUAAUUUUUCUCCAAAAACUGAGCCUAAUUGUAGUGCCAGAUGGACUUCACUUUUGGACUGUUCCCUUGUGUUAGGCAAGCUCAAUUAAGGGAAGCAAGUAUUGUAAUGAAACAUACUGUUUGAUACCUCAUGGUUACCUGUCCUUUGCCCCAGAGUGUUUCUCUAACGGGACGAUGACCGCAUUGGCGGUGAAGGUAGAGUCUGCUCCCAGUCUGAACCCCGGUCAGCUGAGCCUGAGUGACCCUGCCUGUGGCCCCACCUACAGCGACGACCGCUUCGCCUACUUCCACUUCACUGUCAACUCGUGUGGCACCACCCGGAAGGUACUUUAUCCUGAGGUGAUGGGUACUGUGUAUGGACUGCUCGCUUCUGCAGACCCUAAAGUAAAUGUCCCUCUAUUAUAGUUUAUCAACAAUGUCAUGCUGUAUGUGAACGAAAUCUCCUUGCCAGAUGAACUUGAGGGGAAGACUAAUGCAGAGACUACAUCAGACUCUGAGGAAGACGAUCAAUAAGUGAUUAUACGACUCAUAACAAUUGUAAUGGAUAUUUAUAUACCGUUAUCACCAGUUGCGCAAUACUCUAACCUUGUAUACAGGGAAAAUGUGGCUCAUCUGCUACCAGUCAUGGCCUCAGGAACCAGGGGUGCUGCAGCACCCCCUGAAACUCCCCCGACAAUCCUCAGCACCCCCACCCAAAACAUCUUCCCGUGGCUAUGCUACCAGUGUAGGCAUGUUUCCCCUAAGUAUUCGACCAUCCCUCCAUUAGGUUGACUGUGUCCUGCUACUAUAUGGUCAACAUCACCCACACGCUGGCCUUCCUCACCAGGCCGCGCAACAAUGAGCCUUCUGCAGAGACUGGGACAGGUCAGCUUAUGGUCAGAAUGAGACUCGCUGAUGGUAAGGGUGCACUAAUUUCAACUUUCGCUGCAUUUUUAAAUCUUAAAUUGCACAACCAUUGCAAAAAUGUAAGCGUUAUGGUGAAGGCUCAAUCUUGCCUUCUGAUUGCCUGGGUGGAAAUUAUUUUGAACCUGUAAUGCUUCCACUGAUCCAACCUGCUCAGAUCUACUUGAGUGGCUAUGGAGUCGGAGCUAGGGGUUGACUUGGUGAAUUCAGCACAAGCCUCUAGUUGAUGUAGUGUUUGUGAUAGAUGGGUCAUGUUUAUUGGGGGCACAACAGGAUAUGAAAACUAUGCUUAUUGUCUAAGUCCAUGUAUCUCCCUGUUUUGUGCCCGCUGUUUUGGGACAGUGCUUUAUUUCGAUCUAAACUAACAUGGUUACAUUCACAUGUAUUCAGUAGAUCUUCCUAAAACGUUCAGAAUAUUUAGGCACGUUAGCUAAUUAAGUCCUUGAGCCAGCCUAAUCAGGCUAUUUCUAAAGACUUCAGACCAAACCACCAUAGGACUUCGUACAUAAGGCGGUUGUGGUUACAGCUGUAUUUCUUUAUUCUGCUUAACUUGGUUCCUGUCUCUACUGGCAGCUGUGAGAAGCCGGAGGCUCCGUACCGUGUGGUCUUCCACCCAGUGGUGGCUGACGCCAGGGUCCAUUUCCCUUCUCACAUCAAACGCUUUGAGGUCCAGAUGUUCUCCUUCGCCAAGGAUCUGGAUUACCUGAGUGGCCAGGUGAAGUUCUCUAAACUUUUGUUUUAGGUACAUUUUGAGUGGUAAUCAUCCCUCUUUUAAUUGUCUAUUUGGUUGGUAGCUCUUCGUCCAUUGUGUUGAGGUCAUCUGUGACACCAAUAGUCCCUCUGACCUCUGUAGUGGACAGUGUGAGAACCAGGACAACAAUGAGAAAGGUAUGGAAUGAUUUUCAGACACUGUCAAACACAUAACUGAACUAAUAAGUUUCUCUUAACAGGGCAAAGACAUCUCUGAGGAGUAUCGCAUGUAUGUUUCAUCUGGACAGAUUCUUCGGGUGUAGAUGUCCUAUGUGAGCAAAGUUCAAAUAAAAUGUAAUAAUUUGGUUUGAUUCACUUGCUCUAAUUUGUCUUUGCAUCAGGCAUGGUGGUGUUGACUGGGAUCAAAAAGGGCAACUUACACAUUUUAAGGUAGCUUCAAUGCAAAUUUCCAGGUGAGCAUUAAACACCAAGGCAUAUACUUAAGUCUCAUCUGACAUGUAUAAAUCAACCCUUUUUGUAAUCACACAACUUAACCAGCCACCCUAGUGUUAAGUUGCAAACCAACUUCCCAUCUGGGGAAAUCUGACUUUACAAUAAACAAUUGGUAUAAAAGCCUUCCGGUGUCUAGGAGGAACGGAGUCAGUGUUCCAGCAGGUUGUUCCCCCAAAGUGAGGCCAGCAGGGUGGUGAUGCUGAGCUCCAGGGCCAUGGACAGGGCUGUGGAUGGAUGUGAGCUCUAACUGCAGCCGUGUUGGUGUCUUUUAAUUCAGGAAGUAAACAGAUUCCAAUGUUCCUCUUCUCUAUGAGACAUGUAGAAUUGGCACAUCAGUUUACUUCCUGAAUGGACUUUACUUAAUUCGAUGGCCCAUGCAAUGAGUUCACUAGUGUUUAAGAAAUCUUGAGGCUGUUAUAGUGCUGCUGAGUCCCAGGGAGAGAAGAGGACUGGUAUCCAGCCUGAGGCAGCAGCAUGUGAGCCAGGUCAGCCAUUACACCAGUCAGUGCUGCAGCAGACUGGACUCUGUUGGGAUCCUCCCUGUGAGGUGUACAGAGGAAGGGGUGGUCCUGAGGGAU